CAGCCAGCGAAACCUGAUGGUACAGUAAGCUUUCUCGUCAUCGGAGACUGGGGAAGAAGAGGCUCCUAUAACCAGUCCCAAGUAGCUCUUCAGAUGGGAGAAAUCGGAAAGAAAUUAGACAUCGAUUUUGUAAUUUCUACUGGAGAUAAUUUUUACGACAAUGGGUUAGCCAGCUUGCACGAUCCUCUAUUUCAAGAUUCUUUUUCUAGCAUUUAUACCACUCCGAGCUUGCAGAAACCUUGGUAUAGUGUUUUAGGAAAUCAUGAUUAUAGAGGUGACGUCAGGGCACAACUUAGCCCUAUGCUCAGGGCUUUGGACAACAGAUGGGUUUGCAUGAGAUCUUUCAUUGUAAAUGCUGAGAUCGUCGAUUUUUUGUUCGUGGACACAACUCCAUUCGUUGAUAAAUACUUUAUCCAACCAAAUAAGCAUGUUUAUGACUGGAGCGGCGUAUUACCUAGGCAGACAUAUCUGAACAAUCUCUUAACGGAAGUCGACGUGGCAUUGAGAGAGUCAGUUGCAAAGUGGAAAAUAGUGAUUGGUCACCAUACGAUUAAAAGCGCAGGCCACCACGGGAACACCAUUGAGUUGGAGAAGCACCUUUUACCUAUUCUCCAAGCAAAUGAAGUGGAUCUCUACGUAAACGGGCAUGAUCAUUGCUUAGAGCACAUAAGCAGCAUGGACAGUAACAUUCAAUUUAUGACGAGUGGAGGUGGAUCCAAGGCGUGGAAAGGAGGUGACGUGAACUACUUGGAACCACAAGAUCAGAUGAAGUUUUACUACGACGGACAAGGAUUUAUGUCGGUUCACGUUUCAGAAGCUGAACUGCGUGUAGUCUUUUAUGAUGUUUUUGGGCACGUUUUGCAUCAUUGGAAGACUUACAAGGAGGCGCUUUAUUUCGCUUCUUAAUUCCAAUUUAAUCGGACGUAAUUGUUUAUGAUGUACUGCCAAAUGAUUAUUAAAUAUCGUAUUUCGUU